UUUCAAAUUACAAUACAAACACUUCCUUCUCUGAUUGUAGUCCGUAUCCCACUCAGAUUGGGGGAGCCGGACAUAGAGAGUGAGAGAGAGGAGAAGAGAAGAUCUACGCUAUUUCUUAUUGCCCCGGAGAUACAUACAAUCUCUCUCUCUCUCUCUCUCUCAGGUACAUACGUCCACUUAUAUAUCUCUGAUUCUCUGUAUCUUCUUAGAUCGGGCAAUCUACAGGUGCUCAACGGCGAUCCAUGGAACGACAAUCUUUGAAGGUAAGUGGCGGAAUGGAGACGAAGAAGACGGAGGCAUCGUCGCAUUGGUGGUGGUUGGACAAUCUCAGCGCCACCUCCCCCACCACCCCAAAACGCUCGCCAUGGCUCCAAUCCACCCUUUCAGUUCGACGCCCUUCUGACCUCAAAACAGAGCUUGAUGUGAAGACAGAGGCUAUGCUGAGGAUAAUAGAGGCAGAUGCAGAGUCUUUUGCCCAACGCGCGGAGAUGUAUUACAGGAAGCGGCCAGAGCUCAUUAGUAUUGUUGAGCAGUUCUAUCGGGCCCAUCGUUCAUUAGCAGAGGGAUACGAUCAACUCAAGUCUGAUGCUGGAUUUCGUCUCACUGCACCAUGGGCAUCCCCGUUGUCUUUUAAAUAUGGAGUAGAGAAGCUGAUGACCUGCACUGAGAAAUCAUAUGACAGCUUCUCCGAGACCUACGAUCCUAUGGAAUCUGGUGAAUCUGAGGUUGAUGAUCCUGAGCCAGAAGAAGAUCCAGUUAACAAAGAAAUGGAGAAAGAGGAAGUUUCAAGCGUGCUUGUCAAAUGUGAAGUGAUGAAGCUCACCGAGCAAAUUGAGAGGCUCAAAGAAGAGAGCAAGAGUCAAAAGAAACAAAUAGAGGAGAAAGAUGAAGAGAAAAGAGAGAGAAUAAGACAGCCCACGGAAGUCUCAAGGGAGGCUGUCAAUGAAAUGGUGAAACUAAGUGAAGAAAUUGAGAGACUCAAAGAAGAAAACAUGAUUCAAAAGAAACAACUAGAGGAGAAAGAUGAAUUGAAAGGAAAGAUCAUCGGGCAGCUCAAGAAAGUUUCAAGCACAGUUGCCAGUGAUGAAAUGGUGAAGCUCAGGGAAAAAAUUGAAAGGCUCAAAGAAGAAAACAAAAUUCAAAGCGAUAAACUAGCAGAGAAAGAAGAAGAGAAAGGAAAGAUCAUCGAGCAGCUCAAGGAAGUUUCAAGCACGGUUGUCAGUGAUGAAAUGGUGAAGCUCAGGGAAGAAAUUGAAAUGCUCAAAGAAGAAAACAAAAUUCAGAACGAUAAACUAGCGGAGAAAGAUGAAGAGAAAAGAGAGGUCAUAAGACAGCUCAGUCUGGCAAUGGAUAUGCUCAGGGAGGAGAAUCUUAAGCUGAGGAAAUGUAUUGCUAAAGAAUCCCCCAAGAAAAGCAGCCCGUCUGAGUUGCGCAAAUUGAAGUUGAUGUUUCUUGGGAAGUUGUUCAAUGGGUCUCCAAAAUCGCAGCCCUAGAGUUGUUCUCUAGAUUAGUUGAUGUAGCAAGCCAGCCAGUAGAAAACACAGUUCCAUCAUUCUAUAAAUAUAUAGGGUAAAGCUUGAAAAUUAGAGAGUAUUCUAUUUUGUACAAUAUUAAUUUGUAGAUGAGUAUUUGUAGUGAUCCAAAUUCCACCGCUUUUUCUGCU